AUGUAUUUACGAUCCUCCGUUUGUACACUGCGUCUCCUAUUUGCUAUUAGCACAAUCCUGAAAAAUACUUCUGCGUUCGGGACGUCUUCAAUACCUCCAGGAGUACCGUCGUUAUACCGAAGACAAGAUUACUCCUCAUGUUCCACAAUCGAUUCCAAACUGCCUGACGAUUUCAAAUGUCCUUCCGGCACCAGUUGCAUAUCUCUGGACAAUUCUUCAUCGGGACUCUGCUGUCCAGAAGGAAACACCUGCUCCAAUAUUCAGAUCAUAUCUUGCGAUAUUCAAUCACAAAAUGUGACUGCCAAUGCGGACGCAAACAUAUUUACUACAAGAUUGGGGGAUAAAUUACCGACAUGUGGAGAAAAAUGCUGCCCAUUUGGAUAUGCUUGUAUAGAAUCCGACUCGGGUUCUCCAGUGUGUAAUAUCAUUCUGAGUACGAGCAAGACGGGGACGACGGACACAUCGUCGUCAACAGAUAGCACAUCUAGCAGCAGCAGCAGCAGCAGCAGCAGCACCUCCUCCUCCUCCUCCUCAGCAACCUCAGCUAUAAAGACAGCUACAUCAAGCAGCUCAACUGCUACCUCUACCGCCACUUCUACUGAUGUCAACUCAUCAGCAUCCCAAAUUCAGCCUACAUGCAACAAAUUUCCCAUCGGAGUCUUUCUCGCGGGCUUCUUCCCGGGCAUGUUCAUUGGAGCAUUCUUAAUGCUCGCCUGGGUGAUCUGCAGCGGGCGACAUCGCAAACCUAACCUACGACACUCCGGCGACUCUUCAAUCCACAAACCUACAAUCUCGGAUCCCAUCCCUUUAGAGUCUGGAGGAGGACUAAGAACUGAUUUCCUCCGACGGACGACUGGGCGUGCAAAGUCCAUGUUCUCGACUAAGAGUCAACAGAGUCCCAAAUUCGCCCCAAGUCACUGGAAAAUGCCCACGCCGCCAGUACCUAACAAUGUUCCGGUAGUCCCUCCAGGAUUGCCAGUCACGCCGGAACGAAGACUUGUUCAUCAACAAAGCACAGAGAGCAUACGGGUGUAUUCACCUCCCAAUGGCACGGUUCAGCCGCCGAAUCCGGCGGCCAUUGCGCCAUUAAGGGGUAUGGCCGCCCAGAGAUACCCAGUAACGAACAACAUGGGCAGUCCGUUCCAAACACCUCCGAACAGCAAUACUACGACUAACAUGAACAGCAACCAGACGAACGAGAGAGGUGUGAGUACGACAUUCUCCGGUAUCUCAUCACUAUCUAGCGACCAUGAUCCCGAGACUCUCACUCCAGCUCGUUACAAGGGAGGCGGUUUUGCUCCAACGAAGCGAAUACGACCUGAUGGCACGGAAGAAGUCAGCAGACCUAACACGACAUUCACUGAGAUGCUUCACGAGGCUGGAUUCCCCGAUCCCGUGCAAGAUCACGGCGCCCCGGCUGUGCCGAAGUUACCAAAUCGGUAUGGGAGUAGGAAUCGACUAUGA